AUGUCUGCGACAGCGGCUGGGACGAAGCGCAAGGAGCGCGACUUUGAGGCCGACGUGGUGGUGGGGGGAGGAGAAGAAACCAACAUCAAUGUCGUGGUGAGGUGUCGUGGCCGCAGCCAGCGAGAGGUCAAGGAGAACAGCGCCGUGGUAGUCAACUCGGACGGCGUCAAGGGCCAGAUGAUUGAGCUCUCCAUGGGGGCGAACGCGCUGAGCAACAAGACAUAUAGCUUCGAUCGCGUGUUUUCGCCGGCGGCUGACCAGGCCAUGGUGUUUGACGAUACGGUGAAGCCUAUUUUGGAAGAGAUGCUUGCCGGUUAUAAUUGUACGAUAUUCGCCUACGGACAGACAGGAACAGGCAAGACAUACACAAUGUCGGGAGAUAUGUCAGAUACACUCGGUAUGCUUUCUGACGAAGCCGGUAUUAUUCCUCGCGUGCUACAGCAGCUCUUCAACAAACUCGAGGUCGAGGGGAGCGACAGCUGCGUCAAAUGCUCAUUCAUUGAGCUCUACAACGAAGAGCUCCGAGACUUGCUCUCCACCGACGAGAGCGCAAAGCUAAAGAUUUACGAUGACGCCUCAAGAAAAGGCCAUGCAACUACACUCGUCCAAGGCAUGGAGGAAAAACAUAUCAAGAACGCUGCCGAGGGAAUCAAGGUGCUUCAGGAGGGCAGCUUGAAACGUCAGGUGGCGGCGACCAAGUGCAACGACCUAAGUUCUCGAGGCCAUACCAUCUUUACGAUUACAGCAUAUGUUAAGAAAACGAACGAACAGGGCGCAGAGGAGCUUGUUAGCGCGGGGAAACUGAAUCUGGUGGAUCUAGCCGGCAGUGAAAAUAUCCAGAGAUCAGGCGCUGAGAACAAGCGGGCAGUGGAGGCCGGCUUGAUCAACAAAUCACUACUCACUCUUGGGCGGGUCAUCAACGCUUUGGUGGAUCGCAGCCCCCAUAUUCCGUAUCGAGAGUCCAAGUUGACCCGUCUUUUACAAGAUUCGCUUGGUGGUCGAACAAAAACUUGCAUUAUUGCCACCAUUUCUCCUUCGAAAAGCAACCUCGAAGAAACGAUAUCUACGCUUGAAUAUGCUUUUCGUGCCAAGAAUAUCCGCAACAAGCCUCAGCUUCAUAUGAUUACAAAGAAAAUGCUUCUCAGAGAUUUCACCGUCGAGAUUGAGAAACUGAAGAGCGAACUAAUAUCAACACGGCAACGCAACGGAGUUUACCUUUCAAACGACAUGUACGAGGAGAUGACGGCGCAAAGUGAAUCAAGGCGGAUAGUGAUGGAGGAACAAAGUGCGCGACUGGAGACACUCGAGACAAACCUACGAAACAAAGUCCAAGAGCUCUUUUCCCUCAACAUCUCAUUUAUGGGCAUGAAGAAAGAAAAUGAGGCAACUAAGACGCAAUUGGAAGAUACACAGGGUGUUCUGGACCAAACCGAUAUCAUCCUCGCAGCGACGCGGAAGACGUUGGCAGAGGAGACUGAGCUUCGCAAGGCUCACGAGGAGACCGAAGAGAGACUGACAGAAAUUGGUAGUGCUCUGAUUGACAAGCUGCAGAAGACAGUAAAAGAUGUCAAGGGCCUUCAUGCAAAGAAUAAGCGUAAAUCAGACCUGCAUUUGCUAAAUCGAACGGCUUGGAGCUCGUCUCAGUCCCAAGUUGCUGAGAUAACGUCAAUGGUGGAAAGACGCAUCCGUAUGUUCCAAAAGGAGCAGCAAGAGCAAAUCCUGGGCGUAUCAAAAAGGAUGGAAGUGUUUGUUGACGAAGAGCUGCAGAAGGUUUCAGCUACACAGGCUUUCUUGGAAGAGAAUCUUGACACUUUUGCAGAGUCCAAGAGGCAACUUUUGGAGCAGAAGCAAAAGUCCAAGGACGACAUGGAUGAGGUGCUGGAAGAAAUCAAAGAGAUCCGCGACAAUGUCAAGGAGAGAGUUAGCGAAAGUCUUCAGGCUAUCGCACAUGCUGCAGAGAAAAUUGCUGGAGACGUAUUGAGUGAGAUGGCCGACUUUCAUGGUCAGCUUCACACUUCAUAUAGCUCCCUGGGCAAGGAUUUCAAGUCCAUUUUCGAAGAACUCGUCCGACACAUCACCACCCAACGCCUCGAAUCCGACAAUCUAAGGCGACAACUGCAGAGCGCUACGAACACCAUUAUGCUGCAAAAUGCGAAUAUCUCUACACGCAUGCAAGAGGCAUUGGAAGAGGAGAGACGAGUGGCGGCUGAAGAACGUCAAAAACUCCUAACGCAAAUCUCAGCAUUGAUAACUACUCAGGCUGAAGCGCAGGAGAGCCGAUUCGCAGAGAGGACUUCGCAGGUCCAAAAGAACAUGACCGAUUACAACGCAUCUCUCGAAGGGGCCAUUUCUCAGUAUGGCCAAGGUAUGGAUUCCUGGGACGAAAAGGAAGGCGAGCUGCUGGAAGAGGUCAAGAAGUCGCGUGAGCAGCUAAAGACAAAGCUGAAGGACGACUGGAACGCGGCAGAAGACCGCAGUAAUGCUAUCCGAACCACGGCCAACCAAGUACAUGCCGAGACCGUACGGGUCGUAGGGGCUCAGAUUGACGAUUUGGAUAUCCAGAUGGAGGCCAUGGACGACUUUGUGGCUCGUGCGAAGUCUGAGAGCGGCACUCAUCACGAAACGCAUGUACAAGCUUUCCAGUCUCUGACUAAUACAGUCGAUCAGUCUUUCAGCAACAUUUCUACUCACUUCAAAACCACCUUUGAUCGUGUCAAGAAUCUCGGCGAGGGCAUGGAGCUCGAUACUAGCGAUCUACGCGAUGGCCUUGAGCCCCUCACGUCUCAAAUAUGCCAGCCUCUAGCGAGCCUGCGGGAACAAGUUGGUAAAACAGCACUACAGGAUUAUCGACCAACUGGAGAAACUCCUCAGAAAGCACAAUAUCAGUUUCCCACGAGCCUGCCUCGUACUGAAGCACCCGACCUCAUUUUCUCCAAGACUGGCGAAGAAACUCCUGACGAGGCUUCCACUGAGGCAGAUGACAGCAGGAAUACUAUCGUCUUUGCCGACUUGGAUGCCUCCGAAAAGAUGAGCUCACCAACGCCGUCAUCAGCCGAUAGCCUCUCAGAUAGGAUCGCAAGGCUACGUGAAGUCAACCCCAACGUAUCGACAAGCCACACUACCAGCGCCAUCAACUUUGAACCUGGCUCAAGCCUCAUGUCUGCCGCCUCAGAUCACACUAUGCCGCUGUUUAAGCGCAGCAACCGUUCUACGCGAACGAGCCUCAGGAAGCACGAUUUGCUUGGCGAAGGCCGCGAGAAUUUACCCCUGACGGCCUUAUCAGAGGCUAGGAGAAAGAGCCCGCGGAUGAGUUAG